UUCUUUAUUUAUUUCUUUAUAAACACACACAUACCCAGGUGUUUUUGUGUGUGUUUUUGCAUGUUUUUACUAUUAAUAUAACCAUUAACCAAUCAAAUGAAGAAAAAAAAACCUCAAAGAAAAUGAAGAACUCAUCCCCAUCUUCUGAAGAUCAUAAACAAACCCCACAAUCUGAAUCAGAAAACGAAACCACUUUCAAGAAAUCUCUUCAAGAGUUGAAAGAUUUGUGUUCACAGCUUCAUCAUGCAGCAGAUUCCUACCAAUCCACUUUCUUAAAUUCCAACCAAAAGCAACUAGUUGUUAAGAACACGAAGGAAUACAUACAAAGUGCCUUGGUGACUGUUGUGGAUCAUCUUGGAUCCGUUUCUGCUAAUCUUGAUCAUCAUUUGUCUAAAACUUGUUCAAUAAAUCAAACAGAAGUCAAAAUCAAUUUUUUGAAUCAAAAACUGUUGACUUGUCAAGACUAUUCUCAUAAGAUUGCUCUAGCUAAAGUUUCCUCAAGAGAGAAUCUUCUGAGAUACAAUUCUCGUUAUAUAAAACCACCUGUUUCAAAUGUUUUGAAACUAAAUCAAAGCUUCAGGGAAUCUGAGAGUCGAAUUAGUGCAAAAGAUAUAAAAGGAAACGAUGAAUUUAAGGUAGAUGAAGAAGUUCCACUUUUCUUGUACACUUGUAACAGCUACAAACCGUUGUGUUCAUCAUCGUCCAUUCGAGUUUUUCCAGUUCGAGACAGCCUAUCUGUUCAACCAAAAUCUCAAUCUUUUCAAUUACAGGACAAAAGUAAGAACAGACGGGGUGUGUUAUUCAUGAAGUCGCGACCAAAUAACGAGAUAUUAUCAGUAUGUGGAAGCCGAAGAAUAUGACUACUUUUAUUAUUAUUAUUAUUAUUAUCAUUAGCAUCAUUC